AGAGAGAAGCCAAAAGAGACGAUCACUAAUUUGCUACAUAAAAAAUAUAUAUACGAGGGAAUGGACGAAACUUCGUCCAUGUUUCCUCCUCAGUGGUGGUGAUCAAACACGGUAAAUUCGAAGGAAAGUGCUAUUUCUUCUCUAUCUCAAAUAUGUAUAAAUACAGGCAGUGACAUCAAUCUGAUACUCAAGAAUAAACUGACAACGUUCAAAACUACCUCUUUUUGUCCCCCACAAAAAAAAAAAAUCAAUAAUGAGCGACACUUCAGAAGCAAGUUUCAAUGCUGUCGAGUCGCCACUACUUCCCACUCGAGCCCAGAAGAGGUGCCAAGUCCAGAAGAGGUGGCGAGUCAUAUCUAUCACCGUCCGGAGCAUCAGACGCUUCUCUUCUGUAAAAGAGGAAGUAGUAGUCAACGACGGAGUAGAGUUGACACCCAUAGUUUUCGAUGCCCAGAAGAGGUUGCGGGCAUUUUGGACAACGCUCUAUAGCAUCAAUGCCUUCUGUCGAGCAAAAGAUAUUGCACCUGGGAACCAAAGCGGGCUGUUGGACAAUCCUUUACCAUCUCCGUUUGAUACAGUUAUCGAUGUUAUUCCAGAACGCUUAUCUGAGCCUACUCCCGUGAAAAAAAUUGUUACACCAGAAUGCCUAUCUGAGCUUGCCCGCCACAAAAACAUCGAGCAGCUUCAUCAGCUUGGAGGCGUUCCAGGAGUUGCCUCAUAUCUCAAAUCCGAUGCUGAAAGCGGUAUCCAAGGUGAUGAUGAGGAAAUUGCACGUAGGCGCCAUAACUUUGGUUCAAACACUAUCCAGAAGCCAACUCCAAAAACUUUACCCAUUGUGCUUGAGACCGUCAGAGAUCCCAUCAUUAUUAUCCUACUUGUCUGUGCAACACUUUCAGUCUGUUUUGGUAUAACACGUCAUGGGCGGAGAGGAUGGUCUGAUGGGGGAAGCAUAUUUGUCGCUGUCAUUCUUGUGAUCAUGGUGACUGCCACGAGUAACCUCUGGCCAAGAAGACAAUUCUUUAAGCUAUGGAAAGCUCGUGACAAAUUCUCCGUCUCCGUCAUCAGAAAUGGGCAACAGAUGCGCAUCUCAGUGUUUGAAGCCGUUGUUGGGGAUAUUAUUUGUUUGAAGACUGGAGACCAAGUUCCUGCUGAUGGCUUAUUCAUAGAUGGGAACCCUUUACAGGUGAACGAGUCAUGCAUCGCAGCUUGGAGGGAAUCAGUCGAAAUCAAUGAAAGCUGUAAUCCAUUCUUUCUCUCUGGCACGAAGGUGAUCAACGGUUCUGCUCGAAUGCUUGUGACUGCAGUCGGCAUCAACACAGAAUGGGGGAAGAUGCUGAGCUCAAAAAGCUAUGAUAUUGAGGAAAGAACUCCAUUACAAAGGAAGCUACGUGAGCUGACGAUACAAAUAUCUAAAGUCGGUUUAAUGGUUGCUUCCUUGGUGCUGGUAGUACUGCUUGUUCGUUACUUUGUCGGGAAUAUGCGGAAUGAGGAUGGAAAAUCAGACUUCACUGCAGGGAAGACAAAUAUCCAUGAAGUCUGCAAUGAUCUGAUAGGGAUCCUAGCCACCCCAGUUGCUAUUGCUGCAACUGCCAUCCCUGAAGGUUUGCUCCUAGCUGUCAUGAUAACCAUUGCUUACUCAACCAACAGGAUGGCAUCUCAAAAGGCACUAGUAAGAAAUCUUUCAGCCUGUGAAGCAGUUGGUUCCGCAGAUGUAAUCUGCACAGAUGAAAGAGGAAGUCUUACCUUGAAUCAUCUGAUAGUAAGCCAAUUUUGUUUCGGCAACAAGCUUCUCAAUGCAGGAACUUCCUCAAUCAUCCCAAGAAAUGUUCUUGGACUGCUCCGUGAAGGUAUGCUUUUAAGAAGCACUGAAGCCUCAUCAGGAUCUCCCAUUGAACUUUUUGAGAGUCAAGUUCACAGUACAAUUCAGGCGUGGAGUGUCCAAGAUAUGGGAGUCAAUGUUGAACAAGUUCGAGCAAAUUGUGCCGUUCACAGUCCAGAAAGCUUCAAUUCUGAGAACACUCAAAGUAGCAUAUGGAUCAAGAGGAAUACCAGUGAUACUAUUCAUGUGCACCAGAAAGGCCAACCAAAAAUCAUACUGGCCACGUGCUCGCAAUAUUAUGAUGAAGAUGGGAUCGUCCAACCUAUGUCUAUUGAUGCAAAAAGAAACUUGGAGCAAAUAUUUCAGAAGAUGAAGUCUAAUGGUCUCAGUUGCGUAGCUUUUGCACAUAAAGAAGUGUCAGAAGAACAUAGUGAUGAAAACUCAGCUUUCAUAGGGUGCCUAGGCUUGAAAUGCCCAUGUCGGCCAGAGGUACAAAAGGCUGUGAUGGACUGCCGGGAAGCAGAAGUGGACAUCAAACUGGUCACAAGAAAUGAUCUUCCCACUGCUAGAGCCAUAGCCAUUGAAUGUGGUAUUAUUGAUCCAACUCAAGAUGAGACAACAGAUGAAUUAGUGGACCGUCAAAGCUUGCAAAGUAAUGCAGAAACAGAGAUAAAAGAGAAAUGUGGCACAAUCCGUGUGAUGGCACGAGCUUCUACUUUGGAUAAACUUCACAUGGUCCAAGGCUUGAAAGAGAGAGGCCACGUCGUUGCAGUUACUGGACAUAGCAUAGGGGACGCAACUGUGCUAAGGGAAGCUGAUGCAGGUCUCUCUCUGGGAAUUCAAGGGACUAGCCAAGCAAAGGAGAACUCGGAUAUUAUCAUUUUGGAUGAUAAUUUUGUUUCUGUAGCCAGAGUAUUGAGGUGGGGUAGAGGUAUGUAUCACAAAAUCCAGAUGUACGCACAGUUCCAACUUUCUGUUAGCAUUGCUUGUCUUGUGAUAGACUUCGUAACAGCAGUUUCUGCUAAAGAACCUCCGACUAUCAAUAUUGUUGCAGCCAUUUCAUCAGGUAAAGUCCCAUAUGCAGCAUUUCAAGUACUAUGGGUGAAGUUGAUAGUUGGUGCAUUGGCUGCGCUUGCUAUCACCAUUGAGGAACCACCAGAAGAGCUCAGACAAUUGCCACCAGUCAACCAGAAGCGUCCAUUUAUAACCAGCAUCAUGUGGAAGAAUAUAGUGGGACAAGCUGUCUAUCCUAUCAUUGUUCUCCUGACCAUACAGUUCAAAGGUCAAUCAACCUUCAACCUGGAUGCCAAAAUAAAGGAUACCAUGAUCUUCAACAUCCUUGUUCUCUGGGAGAUCUUUGUCAUAUUCAACACGAAAAGAGUUGAAGGAAACUUCUUCAAAGGGAUACAUAAAAGGAAAAUGUUUUGGGGUGUAAUCCUAGCGAUAAUUCUACUGCAGGUAUUGAUUGUGGAACUGUUAAAGGAGUUAGCAGAUACAAAGCAACUGUCUUGGAAGCAAUGGAUUAUAUGCAUUGGAAUUGCUGUCCUAGCUUGGCCAAUUGGGUGGCUAGUCGAGAGGAUAAAAUAUCCAUUUUCUUCACAUUUAUAAGCUGCUGGAGUAAAACUCAUAUGGCCCAUCUGAUAAGUAUUUAUUAGCAAAGUUAAUCUUCUGUAAUUUCAACUGUUAGGUUGAGCUAUCUGUAAAUUUUUCUGCUGUUUGCUUAUCUUUAGUAUCCUAGGUACGGAAACAUAGUGGCUUAGAGACCUCAGUAUAGCUUAACCAACCCUUUGCUGUUUUUAUACCACUUGAGAAAAUAAUCAGUAACAAAUAUCAUUAAUGUCUGAUAUUUUUCAUUUCUCAUGCUCAAUAAUUGACGUUUUACAAAUCAACACCACUGAUGACAUAGGUUUUGCUGUGUAGUCUAUCAUGUUCUACUAGAGGUGCUGUGGAUUACACAGUAAACUGAUAUAAUUAAUGCAUGUGGUGCAUCUUGCACAGCAGUGGUCUAGAGUUGAAAGAGGAAACCAAUUCCUCAAGAUCUAAGUUAACUCCCAGAUGCUAAGUCAUAAAAUACAUGAAAGGAUUGAAAUAGUUAAAUUUAUAUAAGCUUUCAUAUUUCUUUGCUUUAUACGGACUGUAGAACAGGAACAAUUCUGACACUCAAUUGUCUCACGAAAUUUACUAAGAAAGUUGGGUUAAUGGAAAUAUAUAGAACUUAAAAGAACUGAUUGCAAGAAAGUAAACUACAUUUUACAGAAAGAAGAUAGACAGGGCAAUAUGUGCGUCCAAAUAAGUGGGCAGAACAGGAAGAUCAUCGACUAGGAUACUCUGAAAGUGGAAAAGAGUAAUCAUGAACCUUACAGCAACUCAAAAUGGUAAAUUUUUUAAUAUCAGAAGCUGCAGUUGUGGAUUCAUAAGUCCUAUGCAAUACAAGAGAUUCUACUAAGGUUUUCCAACAUCAUCUUUCGCUUUUAGACAUUUUGACAUACCUUAAUUGUGAUCUUUAUUCAUUUUAUUGACCAGUAGGUUUGAACUGUUUAGAACCAAGUUAACCAAGGUCUUCUAUAUCAAGGUAAAGACAGCCUGCGUCAUUCAGUAUCUUCUAUAUACCAUUUUCAUGAAGAAAUUUGAACUCUUGGUGAAUUCCGUUUCUUCUUUGGCUUUAACAUGUGGAAACCUCACCUUUUCUUCAUACAUAUCUAGGAUUGAUGUAACUUAUUUGCUGACAGCAGAAUCAGAGAAAAAUGCCCUGCUGAUGCUCCUCACAGAAAGCUUAAGAGGAACAUAGGAUGGAUUGUAAACAAGUAUCAUAUAAGGACAAUUUGCUUCGUGCCAUCUUAUUGAAAAACCUAUCCAAACUCACCUAGUUCAGGGCAGAUUUAGAGUCAGGCACCAGAUUCAAUUUGUAACGAAGACUCUGGUGAAGAAGUUAAACUGCCGUUGCAGUUGAAAACCAUGAACGUCUAAUCCGUCUGGUUCCACGGAUUCAUUAAUUGAUCCAUGAUCUUAUUACCUAGACUAGAUUACAUACUGGCUAUAAGAGAACCAAGUUCACAAGACACAAGUUCAAAGGUGCAGCCAACGUUUAACAGCCGUCCAAUCCAACAAAAUGUGCAAAAACCCAAUUCAUUCUCCUAAAUUGAUUUGGUUAACAUGACAGCCUAUGUAUCAGAAAAUAUUUAAAAAAAAAA